GCCAGUUCCCACCAACAGCUCGUCAAUAACCAUGUUCGAGGCUCGUAUGACUGAGGGCGGGAUGCUCAAGAAGAUCACCGAGGCGAUGAAGGACCUCGUCACCGAGGCCAACUUCGACUGCUCCACCACCGGCGUCUCCGUCCAAGCCAUGGACUCGAGCCACGUGUCUCUGGUGGCGCUGCUGCUGCGAUCCGAGGGCUUCGACCACUACCGCUGCGACUCCUCCACAUCGCUGGGAAUCAACCUCGGGUCGAUGGGCAAGGUGCUCAAGUGCUGCAACAACGACGACGUCGUCACGCUCAAGAGCGACGACUCCGCCGACGCCAUGACCUUCAUGUUCGAAAACAAGAACGCGGACCGCAUCUCCGACUUUGAGCUCAAGCUGAUGGACAUCGACUCGGAGCACCUCGGCAUCCCAGACACGGACUACAAGUGCACCGUCCAGAUGCCCUCCGCAGAGUUCCAGCGCAUCUGCCGCGACCUCGCCAUCCUCGGCGACACCGUCACCAUCUCCGUCACCAAGGAGGGCGUCAAGUUCUCCGUCUCUGGCGAGAUGGGCUCCGGCAACAUGACCAUCAAGCCGAACGAGUCGGUGGACACCGAGGACAAGGACCGCGUCGCCGUCGAGAUGGACGAGCCCGUCUCGCUCAACUUCGCGCUGCGCUACCUCAACUUCUUCACAAAGCUGACGCAUGUCACCACCAAUCUGUAUGUGACAAACGUCGCAUCGCUUACGUCAAUCAGCUUCCCGAGCCUCCAGUUCGUGGCUGGUUUCAGGUUCCAGAAUCAAGAUGCCCUGACGGAGCUCGACCUGAGCAGCCUCGGUCUUGUUGGCAAUGGCAUGGCAAACAACGAGAUGGGGCCCGAGUUCGACGAUCUGCCUGUGCUGCAGCCCUCCGGCCUCAAGCUCAGCACAAACUGGAUCAUCGUGCGUAACUACCUCGGUUUCAGAAGCGUGCCGAACAUAGACUGCACCAACAACGCGGGCCUGAACGCAAUCAACGCUUGCUGCCCGGCGCUGCAGCUAAAAAUCGAGGGGUGGUCUGCCCCGGCCUUUUCGAAAGCGCUCUAUCUGAUACUCUAG